GACGCGAUGUUUAAAUUGUGUGUGCUUGCGAAAAAUAUUAUUAAAAACUAAUUUCAAUAUAAAUAUACUUAAGUGCGAUAAAUAGGAACUCAUUUAAUGCAUGUGCAUAAGUUGCGAACAUGCUGAUCGUUAAAUAAACUCAAGGAAUUCCAUGCUGAAAAUUGAGCGCGAAAAGAAAAGCAAAAGAAAGAUAAGCAAGAGCAAUUGAAGGAUAACAUGGAAAACGUUGAUAAGGGUAAUUUACAAACGGAGCAGCAAAUUGACUAUAAAACGCCGAAAAGAAUUAACUGCAGCUCAAUAAUUGAAAGCGAUCCGUUGCUGGAGAAAAUAAAUAUAUUAACAACCAAGCCGGAGAAUCAAUCCAACAAUGCAAAGCUGCCUACAAUUAAGGACUUUGUCAUCAUCAAGCCCAUUAGCCGUGGUGCAUUCGGCAAGGUGUUUCUGGGCUACAAGAACAACGACUCGGACAAACUAUAUGCCAUCAAGGUGAUGCGCAAAUCUGAGAUGAUAAACAAGAAUAUGGUCUCACAAGUGAUCACUGAAAGGAAUGCUUUGGCACUAUCACGUUCGCAAUUUUGUGUGAAUUUGUUCUAUUCGCUGCAAUCAUUGUCCUCAGUCUAUUUGGUUAUGGAGUACAUGGUAGGAGGCGAUCUCAAAUCACUGCUGGCCAUGUUUGGUUAUUUCGAAGAGGCCACAGCGCGCUUUUAUGUGGCCGAAAUGGUCAUGGCACUGCAGUACUUGCAUCAACAUGGCAUUGUGCAUCGCGACAUAAAGCCCGAUAAUAUGCUCAUAUCUGCCACCGGACAUGUGAAGCUAACAGACUUUGGCUUAAGCAAAAUAGAAUUGCGUAGAGAUUUAGAGAUAUCCGAUUUAAUAAACUGUUCGCCUAAUCUUAAUGCGCGCACGCCAGGACAGCUGUUAUCGCUUACCUCACAUUUAUCUUUUGGCUCGGAGAAGAAAGCACAGCUUCUUGUCACAGGCACAGGCACCUCGCACUUACUACAGGCUAUGAACAAGCACAGCUUGCUCAUGGAGUCUUCUGACAGUGAGGCAGAUACGAGCUACAAUGAAGCGGAGCGCACAAGUGAUAGCAAAAUCUCUGGAGUAUCACCAUUCUUCUCAGCGGAGGAGAUCAAUGUCUCUGUAGCUCAUACUUGCACCACCAAUACUAAUAUUCUGGACAACAGCUCCUCUUCCUAUCACACCUGCACUUCGGCAGAAAUAAGCAAGAGCUCGCCGCCACUAGAGGGCACAGUUGCUGGCGUGGCAGCAGCCACUAACAAGAAACGUGUUGAAUUUGUGCUAGGCAGCACUGCUGAUUGUGAGGGCUGCAAAUUGGCAGAGCAGGAUAAAAUCAAAUUGGAAAAUGCGCAUGAUACAUCCUUUGAGAUUUCCAUGGCAUGCAGGCGUUCAAUUGAUGAGCGCUUGCGGCAUACAAAACUGCAGGAAGAUUCAGGAGUAUCUAGCCGGAAAGGUGAUGAUAAUUCCAGCUAUCAGUUAAAUCAGAACAGUGAGGACACUGCAUCCUCUAUCGAGAAGAAUUCAGACAAUCUAAGUCAAUCAAAGAACGAUUUUAGUUGCUCGGAUUAUUCACGCAGCUACAAUAUAACAAAUAAUGGCAACGAGCUAAGUGGCAUACGCAUGAAUUCGCCAUUUCGCAAUUUAUCGAAACAUUUCAAGCGCCCGGAAUUCUUGCGUGGAAUGAAACGUAAAAUUAAUCUUGUCAACAGAUCAGACAAUAUGUCAGGCAUUGAAACAGAUAGUGGCAGUAAUGCCAGCACGCAUACUGGCCUCACUCAAGAGAUUGAAAUUCUAAAUAUUGGCAGUAGUACACCCAAGAAGCGCAAGGCACGCUCCUCGCCCAUACGCGGCGUACUCAAAGUGCGUUCGCUCUCCGAUGAUGAGCUGCCAAUGCAGCCGCUACUGGGAGCGACUAGCAUUGCAAAUGUGGUCUUCUCCACGCCCGUUUCCUCACAGAAGCCCCCACGUCGCGAUGGCGGUCUUUUGGGUAAAUUAAAGGCUACUCGCUUCGCGCUGCCCGUGACUAUGGAUAGCAAAAAGUCUGAACAGGCAGUGCUGGAGAAGCUGUCCGGUGUACAGUAUCACAUUAAACUGGCUGACGAUCCCACCAUGUCGCCUAUUAAUCAUGGCACUAACAGUGCACCCAAGACGCCAAAGAAUACCAAUAUAAACACGCCUUAUCGCACACCUAAGUCGGUGCGACGUGGUGUGCGUGCAUCAAAUGAACGCAUCUUAGGCACACCUGACUAUUUGGCGCCGGAACUUUUGCUGCGACAGGGCCAUGGUGCCGCUGUGGAUUGGUGGGCGCUGGGCGUUUGCUUCUAUGAGUUCAUGACGGGAAUAGCACCGUUCAACGAUGAGACGCCUCAAAAAGUAUUUGACAACAUUCUCAACAAGAAUAUUGAAUGGCCUGAAGGCGAUGAAGCAUUGUCCGCUGAGGCUAUGGAGGCUGUAGAACUGAUGCUGACCAUGAAUCCAGCUGACCGUCCAGCUGCCAAAGAAGUGCAACACAUGCGUCACUUUGCCUGCAUCGAUUGGGAGAAUGUGGGCCAAAUGGAGCCACCUUUUGUGCCCGCACCUGACAAUCCCACUGACACUGGUUACUUCGAGGCUCGCAAUAAUUUGCAGCAUCUACAAUUGUCGAACUUUGCGCAGGAUGAUUAAACAAUCGUUUUCUUUUAAAUUGUUUUCAUUGAAAUUGUUACAUUUAAACUAGAUGUUCUAUUUUAUAAGUGUUUUGAGUAAUUUUUUUAUGUAAACGUAAUGUAAAUUUCAAGAAUUGUUCGUUUAGCUAAAUUAUAGACAUCAGUGUACUAUUUGUCAUGUCAUCGAAUAAGCAUCAACUUUUAAGUUUAGCUCGCUGA